AUGGAUUUAAAAUAUUUUAACGAAUUAUCCUUUAUCCUUUCGUCUUAUCGAACUCUAUUUGAAAUCUUAUGUUUAGGAUUUAUUAUUUAUACAAUAAAAUUUUAUUAUUCUUAUCUUUCUCGUGAAAACAAAUUACCUGGUCCACUUCCAUUACCAUUGACUGGUAAUCUUUAUUGUUUUAUUUUUGGAGAAAUCAGACAAACUUUAUUGACACUUCAAGAAAAAUAUGGUAGUGUAUUUGAAUUAUAUCUGGGAGUUAAUCGUGAAAUUAUUAUCGGAGAUCCCAAGUUAUUGGAUGGAAUUUAUGAUAAAAGUUCGAGUUCCGUAUUUCAAAAACGUAUUAUACCUGGAGCUGUUUCAUUAGGAUUGGAUGUCUUUCAAAGGGUUCGAAAAAUUAUAUAUAAUGUAACUAAAAAGAUAUUUGACGCAAAUGAUCAACAAGAAAAUUUUGAAUUAGAUUUAAAUAUUUGGAUGCUCGAAAUAUUUGGAGAGAUAUUUAUUAAAUUAAUACUUGGAGAAACUGAAUCAAAAACUAUUUUACAAAAAGUAUUACGAUUACCAAAGAGAAUGGCUUUAUGGUUUAAAAUUACUUGUUUAUAUUAUGUAUUACCCAUUUCAGACAUAAAGUACUUACCGUUUCUAAAUACGAUAAAAAAAAGAUUUGUUAGGGACGAUGGAAAUUUUAGAAAUGAAUUAGAUCAUUUGAUUAAUCUUAAGAGAAUAAAACUAUUAGAAAGAAAUAAAAAUAUUUCUGAUAAAGAUGAAAGAAAUGAUGAUGUUUUGACGAUAUUAAUUGAUGAGGAUGUUAAAAAUAAAUCACAUAAUGUUAUGGAAAUAGAUAAUGAAAAUAUCAUAAAUCUAUUAAGUGAGAUGAUUAACGGUGGUGUAAUAACAACGAAUAAAUCUCUUUUGACGAAUUAUGAUUAUGUUAAUAAUUUAACUUAUAUCGGUGCUUGUGUUAAAGAGUCACUGCGUCUGAUAUCAACCAUUCUAUUUUCUUCAAGAUCUAUUAAUAGUGGUGGUACUGUUUGUAAUAUGCAAUGGAAAGAAGAACAAGAGUUCGUUAUACAUCAUAAUUAUAUUCAUCAGAAUACAAGAUAUUGGGAUAAUCCAAAAUCAUUUAUUCCAGAAAGAUUUAUUGAUGCUAAUAAUAUCAUAAAAAAUAGUCAUGACCCAUUUGGUAAUGGAGUUAGAGAAUGUCCUGGAAAAUUUUUAGCAUUAUUUACUAUCAAAAUAACUGUUGUAUUGAUAUGGGUUACGUUCACUCUCAUGUUAAUAUUUAAUAUUUCAAUUGGUGUUUGUGGUGGUAAAGUUCUCGAAAGUUUUGAUAAAGUAUUUGGGUCGUUUAUUGCCACAUUAUUAAACGCUUUCGGAGGAAACAUUGGUGAAUUAUUUACGGUGAUCUUAUUGACUAAAACGAAACAAUACAAAGACUCAAUGAUAGCGGUUAAUACAAUUUUGGGAUCAACAGCAUCAACUACAUUGCUAUUAUCAGGUAUUGGUGCAAUUGCAAAUUUCGGGGGAAUUAUAAAUUUUUUACAAUAUGGUCUCGCGAUUUGUGUUUUUUUAAACUAUAUUAUGUUUGUAAUUGUAAAAUUGAUAAGUUAUGGGAUGAAGCAACAAGAUAAGGAACAGGGUAUAGAAUCCGAUAGUAAUAAGGUAGUAAUUGAUAUAUCAGAUUCAAGUGAUACGAAAUCAGAAGAUGAUAUGAUUGAUAGGCGUGCUACUAGAUCAAUAUUACUCUUUUUCUUAGGUUUAUUGAAUUAUUUCACCGCUCAUAUUUUUGUUGAGUCAUUGAGAUUGAUAUUGGAUGGGAAAUUUACUUCACCCAACAUGAUGACAAAAAUCAUUUUGCCAAUAGUCAAUGAUUUCAUGGAGCAUAUUGGUGGUAUUUAUAUGAUAGUUAAAGAUUAUCAAGGAAAAAUAAAUACGGCACAGGAGAAUGCUACACAAUCGUCAAAUAAUGCGAUAAGAUUCGUGUUUCCUAUAUUGAUAUUUGCAUGUUGGAUUAACGAUAUUCAACUUAACAUAUUUUCUGAACUUCCAUUCAUGAUACUUCUUCUUCUCGGGGCAGUAUUGGUACAAUUUGCGAUGAGCGAUACUAAAUAUACACCAAUCGAGGAUAUGGGGGCGACGGUGAUUUAUAUAUGUUUAAUUCUACUCUGUAUAGUUCAGGAUAUGUUAACGAAACCCGAUUUCUUAUUUGUUCGGGUUUAA